AUGAUCAGACCAUCAACAAAUCGUUCAGCUAACAGUCAAGCACCAAAUGAAAAUGAAAUGCUUGAAAUUACGCAAAAUUCAAAGACUGAAGGAAGUAAUAAUACAAAUCAAUCAGAAACAUCGACAUUCGAUAAUACUCUUACUGAUCAACAUGAACAAGUGAAUAAUAAUUCUCCAACAACAGUUCAGAAAAAAUUUUCAAUCUCUCAAAUUAAAACUCGAUUGGCGCCAUAUAGACAAGACACGCCAAAGAAACAUGAAAAUGAAAUUGAAAAGAAUCAAGGUUUUCUAUUAAUUAAUCAAGGUGGUGAAGAUUUUAUUUUUAUAGACAAUGAUAACAGUGAUCAACAACAUACACGUCAUUCUGAACCAUGUGAACAUGGACGAAUCGAUGAAGAUAAUGUUGAUAUGAGUCAAGCUCAAUUGGUACCAACUACACCGGUUACACCUAAUUUAGUACCACCACAACAAUCAGAAUUAGCUUUUGCUAUAUCACCUGUCGUUAGUCAUACAUAUAAUGAACUGGAUGUUCAAGCAACACGAGCUGGUGUUGAAUGUGCCACACCUUGUUAUGAUGAAUCCAAUAUACCUGAUGAUACACAAUUAUCAGCAACAAAUUCAUCUUCAUCAACAGAUUCAUCAUAUAAUGAUGCACAAUCGAUUGAGAUUGAUCUAUCGACACUUGAUGAUAAUGAUUAUAUUCUAAGACAGACAAGUGCUCUUGAACAAAUAACAGUUUAUGAAAUAACCGUAAACAAUGAUCGUCGUGAUUAUCAACAAAGUGUAGCCCAAAAUGAAAGCGAUGAAUUCGAUAUUAAUGUUAGUUAUAAUGAGGCAGUGAUAAAAAAUGCCAAACUUAAAGAAGAAUUAAGAAGAUUAGAAGAAGAACAAGAUCGAAUUUAUUCACCAUGGUCAUGUGAUGUUUGUACAUAUAUUAAUGAACCAUUUAUUAAAACACGUAAAGAUGUAUGUGAAAUGUGUGAAGGACCAAGCCCAUUAAAACGACCAUCAACAGAUAAUACAAAUAAUUCAACUAGUAAUGAUUUGCUAAAACAUAAUUCAUCAGAUAUGGCUCAAAAAGAUGCUUAUAAAGCUUCAAACACUUCACAAGAUAAUGCAGAUGAUUUUUACUCAAAUAAUGAAAUUCCAAUGAAUUUAUUACCAGCUGGUAACUCAUAG